UAUGCAGGCUAGUUCAACCCAAAGAGCAGCCCUCCUUUUCUUUAUCAAGCUCCUGCAGUCCUUGAGGCUCUUAGUAUGCCACUGUUCUUUGAUACCAACAUGAGGUUCAAAUUCCCAUUUCUGGCCAUAUGCUUGCAGCUUUGCAUGAUCAUUUUAUUUGGAUUUUUUGUUGGUUAUGAAAAUAAUUUGAAAUAUGUCCAGCAGAAUACCACCUUCAGUCAUCCUGACAGAUUCCUUGAGCUAUACCCUUUGUUCCAGGAUGUCCACGUGAUGAUCUUCACAGGGUUUGGCUUCCUCAUGACCUUCCUGAAGAAAUAUGGCUUCAGCAGUGUGGGCAUUAACCUGUUGAUUGCUGCCCUGGGUCUGCAGUGGGGCACCUUCAUGCAGGGGAUAUUACACUACCACCAGAAAUUCUCCAUCGGCAUCAAAAACAUGAUAAAUGCAGAUUUCAGUACAGCCACAGUCUUAAUUUCCUUUGGAGCUGUCCUAGGCAAAACAAGCCCAGUCCAGAUGCUAAUCAUGACGAUUUUAGAAAUCACUGUCUUUGCAGCCAACGAACAUCUUGUUGGUGAGAUACUGAAGGCCACUGAUAUUGGGGCAUCAAUGACCAUUCAUGCCUUUGGAGCUUAUUUUGGUUUGGCAGUAGCGGGUGUCUUAUAUCGGCCAGGUCUCAGGGGGAGAAGGCAUGACAAUGAAGAAUCUGUGUACCAUUCUGAUCUGUUUGCUAUGAUCGGUACUCUUUUCCUUUGGAUGUUCUGGCCCAGUUUUAACUCUGCAAUUGCUGAUGCUGGAGAUCAUCAGUACAGGGCAAUUGUGAACACAUAUCUCUCACUUGCCGCCUGUGUGCUCACUGCCUUUGCAUUCUCCAGCCUUGUUGAACACCGUGGAAAACUUGAUAUGGUUCACAUUCAAAAUGCAACCCUUGCAGGAGGAGUAGCAGUGGGUACCUGUGCAGACAUGGCAAUCCAACCCUACGGUGCUAUGCUAAUUGGUAGUAUUGCUGGAAUUGUCUCUGUCCUGGGGUACAAAUUUCUGACACCAAUUUUUGCUACCAAACUGAGGAUUCAUGAUACAUGUGGUGUUCAUAACUUGCAUGGUUUGCCUGGAGUGAUUGGGGGUAUUGCAAGCAUUGUGGCAGUAGCCAUGGGAGCCACUGAUAAGACCAGUAUGGCAAUGCAGGCAGCUGCCCUGGGUACUUCCCUAGGAACGGCAAUUGUUGGAGGACUGUUAACUGGUUUAAUUCUAAAGAUACCCAUAUGGGGAGAGCCACCUGACCAAAACUGCUAUGAUGACUCUGUUUACUGGGAGGUUCCUGGAUUGGAAGGACAUAACCAAUAUUUCCAUGAAAAUGGUGGGCAUAGCCAGCUGCUGCCAGAGGCCUAAAAACAAUUCCAUCUUCUGCCCUCACCUAAUUUUCUCCCAGAAUACUCUCUUAUUUUUUAAAGCACUGUCCAAAAAUUCUCAAAUUUUGAACACAGACAAUAAUGAACAGACUUUAUGUCCCAAAUGUCCAGUGGAGGAAUUUCAUUGGUGGUACAGAUGUCUAUUGAAUUUUGGGUUUACUUAUUUGCCUGAGUUGAUAUCACCCACAAGUCUCAUGGAUCCCAUGCGUCCUUUCCAAGACUACAAGAUAACUUACCACUGGGUACAGCCAGUUCAGGAUGGAUCUUCCAAUGCAUGGUAUUGUCAAAAUUAAAGAUUCCCAAGUUUUUCAAGUUAUAAAGACACUUUUUAACGUAAUUUUUUAUUUGUCCCCAAAUGAUUUAUAGUUGUAUUAUUAGUAUAUAUCGAUUGAGAAAAUACAUACUGACAAAAGGCUACUAUAAUUUCAGUAGGGCUUUUAAAUGAAUUUGUAUUUUAUUGAUCACAAAAACAUUUAUAUACUUUAAAAAUAGUAGUUAUAUAUGUAGGAAAAAUAAUUUAUUCAGUCACAGAAUUUAAAUUCUUUUAAGGUAGAUGCUAUAUCUAUAGUGCGCUGUAUAGGAAUGUUAUUGAUUAAACAUGCAUUAGAAAAAUAAUACAUAAAGAUAUAAAUACACAGUUGUUUUUAUUAAUGAUUUUUUUUCUAUAAAGGCAAUAUGUGGUUGGUAUUUGUCACAUUUGCUGUUUCUUUGGGUCAAAUUUGGGGGGGGGGAUUAUACUUCUUUCCUUUUGCCAGGAAGAUGGAAAUACUUACCCUAAAAUAUGUUUUUGUAUAUUCACUUUUUGCAAUAAGCACUAAAUUCCAAUCUUAUUGAAGCUAAUUUUGUAAUUUUUUUAAUACAUUAAAUGAUGUAACUAAGUACGAAGUUUAUCUUUGGUUUUCAUUUGGAC